AUGGCUUGCGUUAUGCUUAGUCUCUUGUACAUCAUUUCACUCUCACAGGGUUUUAGCACUGAAAUUAUCCAUAGAGACUCUCCAAACUCCCCUCUAUUUCAGUCAAAUCUUUCUACGCUGAAAGCCUUCAGGAGAGACAUUAAGACCUCAAGAAUCCGAGCUUCCAACUUAAUAUCACUCUCGAGAAAAUUUGGGAUGGAGAAUUCAGCUAUUAAUCUCCAUGCAAACAGCCUCCAGCUUCCGCUACUUCUGCGCUCGCCGUUGUUCACCCUGGAUAUAGGUGUCGGCACACCUGCUACUAAAACAACGCUCGUCUUCGACACCGCUGCUCCGCUCACAUGGACGCAAUGCCAGCCAUGCGUAAAGUGUUUCAAGCAGGAUUGUCCUGUUUUUGACCCGAGUAAAUCCGUCUCCUUCAAAAGAGUGCGAAGAAACCACACCCUGGCGCGCUGGUUCAACUGCACUGUUCUUGAGUGCUACUAUUUCGUAGAGAGCCGUGGUGGACAAUCAUCUGACGGGAUCGUCUCGAUGGAUACCUUUUCCUUCUCGGGAGCCAAGCAACAGCGCCUGGAAGACGUUGUUUUUGGUUGCGGGACUUAUAAUCAUGGCCCUCUCGGCCCUCAAACCACACUCACCGGGCUACUAGGCAUGGGAAAUUUCCCUACCUCUCUGGUUGGGCAAUUUGGCAACCGGGCCAUGCACCGUUUCUCCUACUGCCUGCCAGAACUGAGAUCAUCCAGGCCACGGAAUUCAAUUCUCAGUGUCGGCCAAGAAGCUGUUAUAAGCGGCAAAAAUGUCCAAACAACGCCAUUUCUGAAACACCCACAAGGUAGAAAAUUGGUUCAGGAUAGUUACAGAUUGAACUUGACUGGCAUCAGUGUUGCAGGGACAACACUGGAAAUACCAAAGGGUUCGUUGGAUGGAGGCUGCAUUCUUGACACCGGUGCUCCUUUCAGUAUAAUAGAAGAACAGGCUUAUGAAGUUGUCAUCAACGCAUUUUCAAGCUAUUUUGCUCAGUUCAGAAACGUCAAGAAGAUCACAGACCGAAAGUAUCCGAAAAAUCUAUGCUAUAAGUAUCCAAGAGGUUUCAGAAAUUUUCCAAGCAUGGUACUGCAUUUUGAGGAAGCCAACCUGGAAAUUAACGGAACAAGCCUGUUCAUGUUCGGGAGAAAUUUCUUUAUGGCGAAUUUCAUUUGUUUACAGUUGUUGGGAGAACCGAAGACAAACAUUCUAGGAGUCUAUCAACAGCAGAAUAUUAGGCUUUUGUAUGAUUUAGGCAAUGAUAAGCUGUCGUUUGCUAGAGAUAGCUGCUAG